AUGUCUUUUGACCUGAGUCCGGUAAUGUCACCAGUGUUUCCUUCGGAUAUUCAUUUGGGAAUACCGAAGGACGCUACUCCUUUAGCGAAAUCAAGUUCUUUCCAAGUAUACAUUCAACUUGCUGAGCCUAUAAUCUUUUUGCAAGGGUUUAGUCCGACUCAUUGGGAGGGAAGACCACCUGCUAUACUAAGAGGAUCGUUGAUUCUUCGAGUCUUAAAAUCUACAAAAUUGAAAUCUAUUAAUUUAACGUUCAAAGGUACGUCAAAGACAGAAUGGCCUGAAGGUAUUCCACCAAAGAAGCAAGAAUUUGUAGAGCUCAAUGAUGUUGUGAAACAUACGUGGCCUUUUUUCCAAAGCGAUUUGCAAAGUGUUCCAAAUAACCAGUCAACAGAGCCUGCUGAUUUACUGAAAGGGAGUAACGCUUCGUUAUUCAGGCCUUUGCACGAUGAUAUGGAUAAACCAAUGGCCAGGAGGCAUAGUAAUGCACAGAUGCGGUCUCUUUCUCCAAUAGGGAAUUUUUUAAGAUCUACUUCAAAGGACAUUCCAAAUGUCAAGAUGGUAUCUGAAACCUUUUGCGACAUGCUUUCUAUUUCCAAUUCUGUUAGUGAUAUUUCAUCGGUGAAGUCUAACGGAAACUCGUCUUCAGCAACUCCUGGUCCCUUCAUAUUUCAUCCAGGUGAUUAUAUUUUUUCCUUUGAGCAUGCUAUUCCAUUAUCGUAUCCAGAGACUAUAACUGCUACGUUCGGUCAAGUUGAGUAUUUUUUGCUUGUGAAUAUCGAACGUCAAGGUGCUUUCAAGUCAGGUGUAAACGCUAAGCUACCUAUUACAAUUGUAAGGACACCAUCCGAUAACUCAGUAGAAGAAACUGAACCUAUUGCAAUUUCCAGAGACUGGAAUACUCAUUUACAUUAUGAUAUCAUGAUUGUUUCCAAAGACAUUGUGCUUGAUGCAUUUCUACCAAUUGCAUUUCGAAUUAUGCCUAUGGAUAAAGUCGCGCUACACAGAAUAAGAAUAUUCUUGACUGAGACAUUAGAGUACUAUUGUAAAGGCAAGAAAGUUCACAGGCUUGAACCAACUAAAAAAUUCCUACUCACGGAGCAUAGAGCUCCUCCCAUAAAAGAUUUACCACCAGAUGCGGUACCUACUAAAGCUAAAUAUUUGGGAAAUUUAUUAGAAGAUGAACAUGGUGAUUUGGUAACUAGGGACUUCAAAUAUCAGGUAUUUUUCCCAGAAAGGCUUAAUUACCAACAAAAGAUUCAUCCGGACACUUCAUAUGGGACCAUCAAAUCAAAUCAUUGGAUUAAAAUUAGUUUGAGAUUGUCGAAGAAUGUUGAUGGCGUCAAAAAACACUUCGAAAUAAGUAUUGAUUCACCUAUUCAUGUCUUGAAUAAGCUUUCUUCUCACGCAAAUACAUUGCUUCCAAGCUACGAUACUCAUGCCGCUAUUCCCCACAGUGGCUCUGUACCAUUCGGUGAUUCUGAUUUUAAUAUGUAUCAUGAUUCGAAUCUAUAUUUCCCAAAACAAGUCAUUAACUCACCAGUUAUGUCUCCGGAAGUUCAACCAUUAGAUGAGAAAAUUGGAUUAUCACCUGUUUCGUUAAGUCCUGUGGCCCACAACAGAACCAGUCUGAGUUUACUGCAGCACAGAAAUCUAAGCCAUAGCGAAUUAUCAAUAUCGGAACUGAAUUUAAGGAAUAAAGUGUUGCAGUCUCCAGAAUUAUCCUCUAAUAUUUACCAGCCUGAGCAUAUUCAUGCUGAAUUGGCUUCACCUCAGGCAUUACCUUUAUCUCCAAUUUCAUCUCCCACUUGGAAACCAAUAUCGCUCGCACAAAAUCAAACCAUAGAUGCAGUGUCUCUGGACGAUGAGCUUCCACCAUUUCAAGAAGCUCUUAAAGCAGAGUCUCUACCUGUCGAUCCACCUACAUAUUCGGAGUCAGUUGCAACUGAUGGUAAGACGACAAAGUCAAAAGCUAGCAGCGAGGCUUCAUCGGUGGUGGUUCCUGAAAUAUGCCUUUCCAAUACUACAGAUUUGGUAGAUGAAGACAUUGCUGCAGGGUUCCACUUCAAUGGAAAUGAUAGCGGAUCUUUAAAUCUUCCGACUGCAAUGAUGAGAUCCCACUCACACAAUGAUAGGACAGCAGUUUCUCGUAAAUCAUCUGUUUCUGGGAGGAGACGCAGUAGCAUUAUCGUUCCUGAUUCUCUACCAUCUACUAUCAAAAACUCAAGCGAAUCAUUCAACGACUUGGAGCACGUUCUUUCAGCAGCUGGUAAUGAUGAAAGAAAUGGGCCUAAUGAAAGUAAUGGAGCUGGCGAAGGUAAUGAACAGGAUGAUGUAUUUUCUCAUUCAUCUGCAGACACAAUUCAGAAGUUGGAACCAUCACAAUCACACACUAAUUCGAUUUCCACUCAGCCGCUUCUACUUCGUCAAGUAACAACGGAAGAUGACCAAGAGAGUAAAGCGUCCAUGGACCUAACUGCAAUGAUAGGCAAAGAGCGCACAUCUUGGCACCCACUGCAAAGUGAACCAGCGAUGUCUCCAUUGCUUUCACAAUCAUAUUCGAUGAAUGUUUUGCAGUCCAAUCAUGCUUUGGAGGAUUUCAAGAAUAACCUAGAAAGGUAUAAUCAGCGUGAAUCUCCUGAACCAACAAACAUAUCAGAUUCUAUAGACAAAGAUUUAUUAAAUAUGUAG